UGUUUUUUACUCCACGGUACGUACUAGUUAGCGGCCAGUUGGGCGCAAAGGAGCAAAGGUUGCUAAGGUUGCUAAGCUAGCUAGCCAGCCAAGCCAUGGCUGCUCCUCCACCGAACCCGGUUCCAGUGGCGUACCAGGCCGGCACCUCUCUGGCGGUGCCGCCCUGGUUGAACAAGGGAGACAACGGGUGGCAGAUGAUUGCGGCCACCCUCGUCGGUCUGCAAAGCGUGCCGGGGCUCGUCAUACUCUACGGUAGUAUUGUCAAGAAGAAAUGGGCCGUGAAUUCUGCGUUCAUGGCUUUAUACGCUUUUGCUGCAGUAGUUAUCUGCUGGGUAACGUGGGGUUACAAGAUGUCCUUUGGACACAAGCUCCUUCCCUUCUGGGGAAAAGGCGGCCCGGCUCUGGGCCAGAAGUUCCUUCUCGAAUGGACUACUCUACCCGAAACCACUCAGUAUUCCGGUAAUGGCGAGGUGGAGACGCCCAUGGCUCGGCCAUACUUCCCCAUGGCCACGAUGGUGUGGUUUCAGUGCGUGUUUGCAGCGAUCACGAUAGUAAUAUUAGCGGGGUCGCUGCUGGCAAGGAUGAACAUCAAGGCGUGGAUGAUGUUCGUGCCACUGUGGCUCACUUUCUCUUACACCGUCGGAGCCUUCAGCUUGUGGGGUGGUGGGUUCUUGUUUCAUUGGGGUGUCAUAGACUAUUCCGGUGGUUAUGUCAUCCAUCUUUCCUCGGGGAUUGCCGGAUUUACUGCUGCUUAUUGGGUAGGACCAAGAUCAAGAAAAGACAGAGAGAGAUUUCCUCCAAACAACGUUUUGUUGAUGUUGGCAGGAGCAGGACUUUUGUGGAUGGGAUGGGCGGGGUUCAAUGGUGGAGAUCCUUACGCAGCCAACAUCGACUCCUCCAUGGCAGUCCUCAACACCAACAUAUGCGCCGCAACCAGCCUUUUAGUCUGGACGUGGCUCGAUGUCAUCUUCUUUAAGAAACCCUCAGUAAUUGGAGCAGUUCAGGGCAUGAUCACCGGCCUCGUUUGCAUCACGCCUGGUGCAGGUCUUGUUCAGGGAUGGGCAGCUAUAAUCAUGGGAGUUUUGUCAGGCAGUGUUCCAUGGUUCACAAUGAUGAUCAUACACAAAAGGUCAAAACUUCUGCAGAAGGUUGACGACACGCUUGGCGUGUUCCACACCCACGCUGUGGCUGGUUUGCUGGGCGGAAUGCUCACCGGGAUCUUUGCAGAGCCUCAGUUGUGCAACCUCUUUCUGCCCAUCGUAAGUUCUAGGGGAGGAGUCUAUGGAGGAACUAACGGAGGAAAGCAGGUCCUCAAACAGAUGGUGGGUGGUCUAUUCAUCAUUGGAUGGAACCUCGUGGUGACUACUGUUAUCUGCAUUGUGAUAAAUUUGGUGAUUCCUCUGCGCAUGCCGGAGGCAGAGCUGCUCAUAGGGGACGAUGCUGUUCAUGGCGAGGAAGCAUACGCAUUGUGGGGUGAUGGGGAGAAGUAUGAUCCUUCAAGGCAUGACAUUUUGGAUGAUACUGUGCACAUUAAUCCCUCGAGUACUGGUACUACCCAGGUGGUCUAGAGGAGCAAGGACGAGCACAGUACUUAUAUAUUCUUGACACCGAAAUAAUUGUGUAAAUUGAUUAAUGCUAUGUGGUUUGUGCCUUCGAGGGCAGGCAGUUCCAUGUCUUUAAUUAUAUGUGUAUUUGUAAUUAAUGUCAUUAGUUUUGAAUGUUCGACAAUAAGAUUGAAAAAAUAAAUAAUGAAAAAUUAUAUACAUAA